GUCACAGGAGGGCGCAUGCGCGUUGCAAAAAGCGGCACACAUGGCAGGAAGAGAAAAACUAAACACAAUGUUUAUGGCAUCUCCUCCGGCGCGUGUCCGUCCCUGAGCACCGAGAGCGCCACAUGGAGGCGGUGCUGAAAAACCUGGCGAGCACGGCGGAGCUGCUGGCCGUGGCGUCGCACAGCGCGGCGGUGGAGCAGUGGGAUGAGCGAACGCUGUCCCGAGCUUUCCACUGGGCCCAGUACUGCGAACACGUCUUCUUCAGGUUUCACAAUAACCAGGCGAUACGGGGAGCUGCGGAGAAGCAGCUGCAGCUCACUGCCCAGCGCCUGCGAGCUGCGCUCCCCGAUCAUCACCAAGUCGCCUUCUCGGAUCUCUUCCGGUGCCGACACCUGCUGCUAAUCGGGCUGUUGAACAACCCGAAGCUGCCCGGCUCGAUCAUGAAGAUCCUUUUUGACACCAAGAAUCCCGUUGACACCAAAGAUAAUGAGUAUCAGGACGUUACUGGCUUUUGCAGCCGCCUUGUUCAGUACAAAUCUGCAUGUAAAGUCCUGCGGCCUCUCACGGACCAGUCACUGGUUGGUGCUGAUGCUGAGGUGCAGGGGAUGAUGCUGAUGACGAGGCUGUCGGCGCUGCUGGGUCAAGGCAGCGACGCUUGUCGGACAGAACACUCUUUAGACUCUGUCCUUCAGGGGUGUGAAGGACAGGAAGAACAUUUUUGUUUGGUCAUCGCGGCAGCUCUGCUGACACCAGAGGACUCACCCACUACAAUUGCUUCACAGGAUUUUCUCCUAAACUGGUUGCAAAAAAAGCACAAUGUGCUCCAGGGCAUGUGUUCUGCUCUGCAUACGACGCUUCUUGGGAACCUGGCUAAAAAACACGUAAAAUUUAGAGGCGCGUACACUGAUCUUGUAAAAAGGUGGGCCUCUGAUAUGGAGUACAGUGUAAAUGAUGGAGUUUGGUUUCAAACCCACAGAAGUCCCACAGUUUCGUUUCAGAAACUGUCUGAACACUUUCAGACCUUGUUUGAGGCCUGUCCCGCCGAUGUAGAACAAGAACUAACUGCUUUGAAAAUUUCUGAUGGAAACUUUGACAUCAGCGGCCUGAGCAUAUGGGGAGACCUCCUGUCAGUAUUGACCAAGUGACUUUGACGUAUCCAAUAAAGCCUAUUUAUAUAUUAAUACAUUCUUUGAUUUGCUAUGUAUUUAACCUCAAUGAUUCUUUAUGAACUUUUGAUAAAUGACACGACAUAAAAACUUUGCACAGGUUCCUGUUUAUGUCUAGUCCAACAGUUGCAAUCACACUGUUUUUAGCAUAUUUAUUUAAACCGUUGAAGCAGAUUUAAAAUUUCAGGAACAUAUGUUUUAUUUUUUGUUAAAUGACAAAAAAUAAAACUGAAUGUUCUAACAAAUAAAAUGUUACAUUGUGUAAAAUGUAUCAAAGUUUGACUAGGUUUUAUUCAAAAAAUAUCCUAAAUUGGGCUUCAUGGUUUCCCUCAAUGCUGAACAAAGCCAUAUCCUUUUUCAAUACUUUGGUACAGAUGUGUUUUAACGGUUAUGUAUCUUCAUUAUCAGGGUUUUAUUGUUAGUGCAGUUGGAGAAUGGCACCGUUUGUGAUGCAGUAUAUGUGACAUGUAUAACAUCAGUUGCUACACGUGAGCUGCCUGGAUUAAAUUGAAGGUAAUUGUCAAUUGGUGCAUCGUGUGCAGCUAAAUAAUUGGUCUCUGUAGGUUUAAAGUGUCAUUCAGCAACAUGAAUGUAUUCUACCACGUAUUUAUAUGUACUGCUUCAAAAUGAUUCAGUUUUGUUGAUUUGCAGAGCGUAAAGCUAGAUAAAAAAGACAAGAUACUACAUGAAAAUGAAAAAAGGAAGAAAACCAUUCUGUAAUCUAAUUUAUUCUUACCUAAAAUAAUCAUCUCACACACCAUCUGUCAGUCUGUGCAGUCUAAACAUUUUUAUUGGUUUAUUGCCAGUCAUGUGACUCGACUGCCAAUUCACACAUCUCGAGCCUCACCCAUGUGUCAGAGUCGGAUCCUUGUGGGUCGAGGGAUCAAUUAACCAGAGCUGGCGUCUUCAAUCAAACGGUCCACAAUAGCUGGUGUGUGACACAACUCUGGCAGCGGAUUAGAGCCCCUGCCACUGUGGAGGGAAACACCAACACGGCCACGGUUCGUUAAGCUCGACGUGAAAGCAAUUCACGUAGAGACAGACAAGGGUCACUGAGUAGGGAGCAGCAUGUACACAACCAAUUUAUUUCCAACCAAUGAAGAACAUAUGCAUUGGGCUGGAGGGAAAGCAGCCGUCACCUGCUCCUCUGUCAGAAAUGCGCGUGAAUUUGGAUUUCGUGCAAUUUAUUUCAGAUUUUGAUGCAAUUUAACAUUAAAUACCGAGCUAAAUCAUAAUGUAACCUGUGUGACAGAAGGCUGGCAGCUUUUCUUUUUGCAGUCUCUACUUCCUACUCAGUUCUACACACAAGUAGCAGAACGAGUGAGCAGCCGUGAUGAUUCAGACGUGUUAUUGCCUGACUGCAGAUUGGACUAAAGACUAAAGAGGCAACACUACAAAUUAGUGUUACAUCUGCAUCUAUACCUGUUUUGGAAACGUUUUAAAUCCCCACUUAGCUAAUACUUCAUUUUUAAAUAUAAAUUACUGUUAUUGCAUCAUGUAACAGAGGUCUGUUAAAAGAUUAAAAAUAAAAGAAAUAACACACUUCA